UGGAUUUGCAGCAAAAGGUAUAUCGAGAUUCAAACGUACACAUUUUUAACACGUAUUGACCACUGCAGCUCCACUAGAGAGUGCGUGAAUGUUAUGUUAUCCUCUAUUCUCACCUCAGUGGUCACUUUAACGUUUUUCGGAAGACGUUUUAACACGUUGUUAGUGUCGCUCCAGUUCUCCACGAGCCACUUCAGCACCCUGCAUUCAAAUGAAGUUUCAUCAAGAAGGAAAAACAGUGGACUUCCUGUUGGACGCUUCCUUGCUGUAUAAAGAAACAUGCCCGGAGCUAUCACGGUUCUUACUUGUCCUGUGAAGGCUAACGAACAACGGAAGCACGGUCCCUCCACUCUGCUGCAGAACACCUCCGUGUGUCAGUACUGUUAUCAGUGGCUGCAUCCAAACAAUUAUCGGAUGCGACUUCGACCAAAACGGCGUCCGUCGGCACGGGUGCAGAGUCUCCUGCUCAGGAAGGCCCGGGGCAAACGACUCAGCCUGAUGCAGAAAGAUUUGCUGCAACGCUUCCAAAAGUCCUCCUCUGUACUGAUGGCAACCUGCCACACUUGCAAUCAAACGUCCAGACACAGAGGAAUGAACAGGGAGUUUUUAUCUGGCCUCGCGAAGACCCACAGCACGCCAGGGAGCGUGGGCAAAUACAAGACCCCCCAGUCUACUCACAGAGCCAACAUGCCUACCCCCAAGACUCCCAGCAAAGACAAGACACCUGUUCACACACCUAGGUCUUCCAGCUCCUCUAACACCUCAGGGUCAGGCUCAUCUGCCUCCAAGACUCCCUCUAAACCUAAGAAUUGGGUUGUGCAGCGUCUCAGCAAGAUACUCAUGCGAGAAGACAACCCGGGCAAGAAGAAGGGGGGCUUGAAAGAUUUUCUCUCCUCACUCUGAGCGUCUCUUUUGUCUUUUUGUCGACUCUUGAAAGAACAUGGGGUAAGACCCACGUUUGUAACCCGUUAACGCCAAAGGCUAAAGGGACACUUUAUUUUCCGAGCCGGUGUGUGAAGGGUUACAGUCUGCCCACCAACACAACUAUUGCCGGGCUGUUUGGAAUGGCACUCCUGGUAUCCUGAAUGUAUCAACUGGGAGCUCUGGCUGGCUAUUUCAGCUUUACAUCAGGGUUACUGCUGAGCCAGUUGGAGGAGAAUGCUUUUAUUCUAACUCAGCACAUGUCUCUUAAAAUCUCCUAAACUGGGGAUGUUAUUUUAAGGGUAAUGUUUGAGGAAUUAUUCAGUAUUUAUCAAAUAGUUUAAAACCCAGGAACUGUGGUCUGUGGGUGGAGUUUGGCAUGGGAAGCUGGUUUACAUGCCAAUAUCUUUUUAUUUUUAUUAAAUAUGUAUAUAAUACAUAUAUAUAAAACUGUUUCGUAUUCAUGUUUACUUGAUGUCUAAUCUUUUGUAUUUGAAUGUAUUCACUUUCUUUAUUUUUUAUCCAGUGGGGAGAUGUUAAGUAUAUACUUGACAAAUGUAUAUGUCAAUGCAAAUGCAUGACAUGAUAGGAACUGUGCACAGUCACCAGGGAAGAUGUUUUUUAAUUAUCAUCUGACAUGGGACUCAUAACUUGCUGUUUACAUUGAAUAGGCACUCUGCCUUAACCUGUACAAAGAGACUUAUAGACAAUCAGUAUUGUCAAUGCUUAAUAUUUUAUUUUAAUAUUUUCUUUGGUUACAUGUUUUUGAAAGGUUACUCUUUUCAUCUUUUUGUAAAGAGCAGGGAUUUGGAUAUAUCUUCUUUUGUCGUACUGCCUGAUUACCUUUUCCAUUAGCUGUAGAAUGUACAGUAUGUAUUUGAAUCCUGAAAUACCUCACAUUUGUAUUCCACCUACACUGUGAAUCACUCAAAUAAAACCAUCUUAGUCUGUGAAACCUUU